CAUAGUGUAAUCAAUUCCAUCAAAGUAUGAAGACCUCUAUAUAAAUCGGCUAUUAUUUAAAAUUUCUUGUGAAAUCACACAGUUUAUUUUGAAGAAGUUAAUUUUUUAUUUAUUAAACCGAUAUUGAUUUACAUUUGCUGGCACAUAUAACAACUUCUUUCAAAAUAACAUUCUCUUAGUUUUAAACCGCCACUCGGACACGUAAAUAAAACAGGAUUAUUUUAUUCAAAGGACGUCUUAAUAAUCUUUUUAAUUUAUUAUUAAAAACUCAAAAUGUUGAAAAUAUUGUUCCAUCUUUUGGGAGCUAUUCAAUUUUUCUAUGGCUGUUAUUAUGAUUAUACUUACGUAAAAAUACCUAGUACCUCGUCGGCAGUGACCCCCUUCGGUGGAAAAUUUAAAUACCUGACGUACCUAAAUGCAAUGUUGCAAACGGUCUACUUCACGGUGGCGUUAAUUAAUGAUAUUAUUGGGACCAAUGAAUCAACGCCUUCAAAUAAACCACUUGUGAGAAGAAUUAAGGAUACUCUAUUUAGUGCUCUUGCUUUUCCAUUAGCAAUGUUUGUUGGUAUUUCAUUUUGGGCUAUAUAUGCAGUUGACAGAGAACUAAUUUUACCUAAGGCUAUGGAUGCAUAUUUCCCUACUUGGUUAAAUCAUGUGAUGCAUUCUAAUAUUGUGUUGUUUACAAUAAUAGAAAUCAGCACAUCAUUCAGGAUGUAUCCCGGUAGAAAAUUUGGAUUAUCAAUUCUAUCAGCAUUCAUGCUCGGCUACGUAAUUUGGGUUCAUGUAAUUUACUUCAAAACUGGAAGUUGGGUGUAUCCUAUCCUUAAUGUAUUGAAUUGGCCACUACGCAUCAUUUUCUACUUAUUCAGUCUUGGUUUGGUCUGUGGUCUCUAUACUUUAGGGGAGACAUUAAACCGAUCUGUAUGGGCCAAGGAAGUGGAAGCUACUGUUAAGUCGGGCAAGAAAAAAGCCAAGUAGAUUCAUAGCAACAGAGCUCUAUUUAUUGGCUGAAUUUUUUUUGGGUGUGGUACUUUUAGCUUAAAUUGUGUGGUUAUGUAAGGUGAUUAGGAAUAUAUUGGCUAUUAAAAUUACAAGAUAAGAUAAUUAAAUGCUAGCAAAAUGAUUUUGCUGACAAAUUAACUGACAAUCUUAUGUUCGUUUAUUAUUUAAUUUUCUAAUUCUUUAAUUUUUUUUUUUAUUAUAAUGUAAACAUACACAAAUACUCUAGUUUAUUGUUAUUUAAUUUUUAAACUAUCUAAUAAUUUUUACCAUGCUACGUAUUCGACCAUCAAAGUUACAAAAUUGAUAUUAUUUUGAAUAGAACAUUAGCAUAGUGAUAAGUUUUAUAUAAGUGCUUCGACUAAGCUUUUUGAACGUAAUGUAUGAAGGUUUUGAAAUGUUCCAGUGAGUUAUUAUAGAGAAUUCGAAUUAGAUGGAAAUACACUGAAAGUAUCUGCUAUUCAGUGUAAGGAUUGAUAAUUAUUACCAGUGAAAGCAAUGUCUUGCUAGGCAUUUACCCAUUCCAUUCAUGAGCGGCCUUACAUUAUGAAAUGCUCAUAAUAAAAUAUUUUAACAUCCAUACACAAGUGUGUGGAUGUUCCAAGUUGCUUUAAUAUUAAUAGUGUGUAGUAAAAUUGAAAGCAAUAAAUUUUACUAGAAAAAAAAAAAA